GCGGAGCAAAGUUUGUGUGCAGGAGAGGAGUCGAGCAGAGAGAGCUGCUUUUUCACGAAACGGGAGUAAAGUAGUGAUCUUAGAGGAGAGACACAAACUAAAGCAUCGAUCAUAUACCACUACCAACGUCCUGAUCGAUAUCUGCAUCGAUCUGCCCACCCUUGUCUCCUGGAUCGUAGCUGAGAUCAGCGUGAACCACGUGGGUCUCUGCUCCCUGAUCUGUUUCCUGUGUUUGGAAAGAGUUCCAGCUUCAUCACGGAGUUUCUCUCGGUUUGUGGGCUCAUCUAAAGCUGAUCAUCAGGAGGAGACGAGCCAUUUAGACUCAGCUCAGCCACUACAGAGGAAACAAUGACUUCAACCCAAAAGGACCAACAUGGAGCGAGACGUCAGCGCUCCCAGAAGGCCGACAAACCUCACAGAACAAAGGGGGACAAGAAAUAUAGCUGUAAGGAGUGUGGGAAGGAUUUUACCCGGGCUGGAAGCUUAAAAACACACCAACUCAUCCACAGUGGAGUUAAAGCUUACAGCUGUGAGUUGUGUGGAAAAUCUUUUACCCAGGUUGGACACUUGAAACGACACCAGCUGACCCACAGUGGAGUUAAAGCUUACAGCUGUGAGUUGUGUCGAAAGUUUUUCAACCAGGCUGUACACUUAAAAAGACACCAACUCAUCCACAGUGGAAUUAAACCGUACAACUGUGACUUGUGUGGAGAGUUUUUUACCCAGCCUGGAAGCUUGAAAAGACACCAACUCAUCCACAGUGUAGUUAAACCGUACACCUGUGACUUGUGUGGAAAAGCUUUUACCCAGGCUCAAAGCUUAAAAACACACCAACUCAUCCACAGUGGAGUUAAAGCGUACACCUGUGACUUGUGUGGGAAAUCUUUUACCCAGGCUCGACACUUAAAAACACACCAACUCAUCCACAGUGGAGUUAAAGCAUACAGCUGCGAUCAGUGUGGCAGAGCUUUUACUCACAGUAGCCACUUACAGAAUCAUCUAGUUACCCACUCUGGAAUUAAUGCGUACAGAUGUGACAUUUGUGGAAAAACUUUCAGUCGCCAAGGGGACCUAAAUAGACACCAACGCAUUCACACUGGACAUGAUGUUUACUGCUGUGAUCAGUGUUGGAAACCGUUUACAACAGAUGCACAGUUACAAAGCCACAUGUUUACCCACACUGAGGAGAGACCUUAUAAAUGUGACCUGUGUGAGAAGACUUUUAAAUCUCCACGUUACCUGAAAAUACACCAACAGAUCCACACCAGAAAGAAACUCUACAAGUGCAGUUACUGUGAGAAGCAGAGCGACACAGAUGGAUCCAGUUCUCAACCCUGUCAUCGCUGUGGUGGUGGGAAAGCGUUUCGUUGUGACCUUUGUGGAAAAACUUUCAAUCAGCAACGAAGCCUAAAAAUGCAUCAGCUUAGACACACAAGAGACAAAAUGAUCUACUGUAAAGAAUGUGGAAGAGGCUUCCCCACUCAAUCUGAUUUUAAACAACAUGAACUCUUCCACGGUGGGGUUUAAAAGCACGCCUGUAACCAGUGCUUACCAGCUUAAAAGACAUAAACGAGUCCACACAGGAGAGAAACCAUACAAGUGUAGACACUGUAACAAAAGGUUCUCACAAUCGAGCAGUCGUAACCUUCAUGAACGUACACAUGUUGAAGGGAACUUCAGCUGUGACCAGUGUGACUUCAAGAAUCUCAGUUCAUACUCCAAACACAAACGAUCCCAUUCUCAUUAUACAUUAUCUGCUCUGUGCAAACAGAGUAAGUGUGAUCAUGAAAUCAUUCUGAUUACUGAAUCACAAUGACUCUGCAGAGACAGAAAGUUCCUCUUCUGGUUUCAGGUUUAGACUUAAAAACCUUGAGAUCAGGCUCCACAGAGUUCAGAUGGAAUCUCCUGUAAAAAGUGUCAGCUGAUGACACACUUGGAUCUCAUAAGGUAGCUCUGAUGUCUGGACCUGCAGUAAAUAAUCCUGAAUCUUAAAUUUAAUAAGAUGCAAGUAUAGAUGUGUACAUCAAGUUUUUGUGUUUUAAUUUUAAUGGAUUUUAUUGCUCUGAAAUGUUAUUUCUGUUACAUUUACAUAAUUCCCCCUCAGAAAACAGUAGUGUUUAGUUGUAAUACUUGUAUUAUAAAGUUAUAGAAAUAUCUUUUAAAGCCAGCUGAUAAGUGUCAGUCUUGGUAGCCGGGGAUCAGUCUGCCAGGGCUUCCGCUCCUGGCCACCGCCUGACUCACAUUGCACCCGACCCCUACGGUGCCUUCUGCGGGUGGUGGGCCUGCAGGAAGAUGGGCCCCUGUCCCUAUUUUGGGCUGUGUCCCCAUGGACUAAGGCCCGGCCAGCACACGCUCGCCCCGGGCCUGACUCCAAGGCGUGUCCCCGGUAACCGUAUCCCAGGCAGGGUGAACUGUUCCCUCGAUGGUCUUUUCAUGGGGUCUUCUGAAUCGCUCCUUGUCCAACUGAUACCAAACCGAUGGUGUCACAGGUUUGGAGUUUUGACUGCCGUCACCUCUUAAUUUAACUGUGAUUAAUAUGUUAUGAGGAUUAACUUUAAUCUCAGCCAAACCGAUUUACUCAAAUAAAACUCUGAAAUAGACCAAACAUUAAGAUUUGGAAGUUAUCUAAGAGACUUGUAUAUCAUGUUUAACCUGAGUAGCAAAAGGCCAAGGGGGGGAUUGAAAACGAUGUGUGGGAGUCUGUUCUCGCCGGGCUCUAGUGAUCCUUGACCUUGCAGUCUGCUAUCAAGCUGGUGGGUAAUAGGCAUCUCCGGAAACGUCGAAGCACUUUUGGAUAUAUGGGAUAUCUUGAUAAAUCAAGCAGAUAUUUGAAGUUUACACAACUACAUUCUAUCCUGAAAAUAACUUAAAAGUUUAUUUUGUGACCCAGAAAGAGUAAUAUUUAAAAAACUUUAGCCACGCUCCUCCGCCGUUGCCGUGUUUAAAUUUUAGACGAAAUGCAUUCUGGGAUAUUUAGCUGUACCAAGUCCACACAAGUCACCACCAAUGCAUGCUCGAUAAAACGGGCGGAGCGAGAACACAUCUGGGAAUUUUUUGCGUUCUCUGCUUGAUGCGCAUGUCACUGUCACUACCUGAUCCGCACCGGAAACCCGAUCGGUACCACGCAUGUGCGAAAGGCCACUGCUUCCGCUCAUUUUACUUUAGUUACGGGUCAGAGUAUCUGUUAAGAUGUCAACAAUAAUAAGUAUCUCUUAAAAUGUUAUAAUGAAACAUUUCAAUUUAACGUAGAGAAAAAUGAAAAAUAAAAAGAUAGCCACAGAUCAGGACUCCCCGAUCCUUCCUGCACAUGUAUGUGCAAAGUCAGACCUUACAAAUCGGGUCUACCCGAUUCGUACCGCGCAUGUGCAGAUGUUUUCUUCUUCUUCUGUUUCUUUUAAUGGCAGUUUACUCCCCAGUGUACGAGGAUACUGCCACCUGCUGACCGAGCGAAUGAACCCUAUUGUAAACUGAACUAGGCGUGUUAAAUUUGAUUUAGCAGUAGUCGAGUGUGCUUAUGCUCGUCUGUGUGAAGAGGAUUGUUGGAAUAGUGAUGAUGAUGUCCGCUAUCACCAUCAAUUGUCAGUAAACACUUAAUCUGGGUGAUGAAUCUUCAUGUGACAUAUUACUAGAUCUGUAUUAUUAAGUCUGUAAUUAGGCGCCAUUCUUCUUAUUUUACAGCGUUGUUGUUCAAUUGGGAGACACUCUCUGUUGAGGAGAAAAGCAUGAAUUUGUUUGUAUAUGGAUUAUCUGUUGUUUAAAUGUCCCGGGCAGUCGAAAAGGAGGCAUGGCUGUUGAGAAAUGCUAGGAGCUAACUGGACGCUAACCGUGUCACUCAAAUAAUUAACUGUCGCAAUGUUGGCAAAGAGAAGAAAUGACGUAAGAUUUGCGCAUGCGUGGUAUGGAUCGGGUAGCGACAGCAUACUUUGAAUUGGAACAGUACUUGGUCUCCAACUGAUGACGUAUCAUGAGUAGGGAUGGGUAUCGUUUAGGUUUUAUCUGAUACCAGUACGAAACCGGUAGUUUUGAA